AUGCCUGCCAACGCGGGCAACACCGACUCAGGUCCUGGAUCGUCGCUACAGGACAAUGCCAAAGACUCAGAUGCCUCUACUCAGUCGAAACCGGUAGAGCCUACUGAGCCUACUGAGCCUGCUUCUGCGCCCGUUCCAUCGACUCAGGCUCUUGGCCCGAAUGCCCCGACAAAUACGAACGACCCGUCCAAGCAGCAACAUUUGCUGGUCCCAAGUCAAUCCCGUUCAUCGUCCAAGGCGGAUGGUCAAUCGACGUUAGACAAUAGACAGGAUGCCGCGCAUGAUGAUUCGGAAAACACGCUACGAGGUUCGAGAAGAAGCAUCUUGAAGGGGCGGAGGGACAGAAGUAGAGGGAGUAGCAAGAGAUCUUGGCGACCAUCUCAGGGGCCAACUGGUAUCGGGGAGCAAAAGACAGCGACUGAUUCUGAGGCGCGGGACAACCCCAAACCAGAAACCAAGCCCAAGGUUACGCUCAGGCUGUUUGCCUUUCUAAGUUGCUGCUCGUCAUCUGGUGUCGACCCGGACGACUCUGCGAUUCCGCCGAAGAAGACUGCCAGGCGACCAUCGGUCCCUGCGACCCAGCCUACACCGGAGAAAGCUGAUCUCAAUGCCAAUCAUUCGAACCGGACGGAAUCUGAAGAAGCAAAGCUCUUUGGAGAAGAGAAGCCGAACCUGACUGUAACUUUAAAACAACCUUCCAAGGAGGAGGAUAAACCUGCCAUUACCUCCGAGGAAGGCGCUCAGCUCGAUACCAACCUGUCCGCUUCUGAUAAAGUCGAGUCCAGCCAUGAACCAGCCUCACAGUAUGGCCAAGUUGAUACUUCUCGCUCUGACGCCCCUCAGAAUGCUCAAAUCCCAGUCAUAGUCGCAACUGAGAUAGAGAAGGCCCACGAUCUCGCGAUCAAACCGGAGGAGCCUGUGGGGUCACUGCCACUGCCCGUUACUGAGGACAGCUCACGUUCCACCGAAGCGCAACCAACUUCGUCUGCAGUCGAAUACAACGAUGUAAAGUCAUCGCACGAAGAAGAAACUACUCUGCCAGCGGAGAUUCCUCCCCCUCCCCCUCCGCAAGUUCCUAUGGGGAAACAAAUACAGAUCGCGACUCCCGAGAGAUCCCAGCAAUGGCUUCUACCCCCUCCCUUGCCACAUUUGCGGAACCGGAAAUGCCUGGUUCUCGACUUGGAUGAAACGCUGGUCCACAGUAGCUUCAAGGUUCUUGAGCGUGCCGAUUUCACGAUCCCUGUGGAGAUCGAAGGGCAGUACCACAACAUCUACGUGAUCAAACGACCUGGAGUCGAUCAAUUCAUGAAGCGUGUUGGAGAAUUGUACGAGGUGGUUGUCUUCACUGCCUCUGUUUCUAAGUACGGCGAUCCUCUACUCGAUCAACUUGACAUCCACAAUGUUGUUCACCACAGGCUCUUCAGAGACAGCUGCUACAACCAUCAAGGUAAUUAUGUCAAGGACCUCUCACAGGUUGGCCGUGACCUUCGAGAGACGAUUAUCAUCGACAAUUCUCCAACUUCAUACAUUUUCCACCCUCAACACGCGAUACCCAUCAGCAGCUGGUUCUCUGACGCCCACGAUAACGAGCUUCUCGACUUGAUCCCUGUCCUCGAAGACCUUGCCGGCGCACAAGUAAAAGACGUCAGUCUGGUCCUCGACGUUGCGAUGUAA